CUGUGUAGGGCUUUUCCCCCUGCUGCUCCAGUAACCUUCUCACACAUUGGGGGAGGGAAAAGUGUGUGUGUGUGCAUGUAAGUGUGUAGCUCUUUACACAUCGCUCGCUGUGGAGAUCCCUGUUCGACUCUGAGAUGAUGUUUUAAUGGACCAGGAACAUGCUCACUAUUCUGGGAAGAUCUACUUGCUUUUUUUCAUGAAUUUUUUAUUCCAUGAUGCAUUCAGCUGUCUGUUUUUUUCUGUCCGGGAUUUUUCUCGCUCAGGUGAUCACCACGAAGCACUCCUUCUCAGCUGUCUAAGACGUGGAACCCUAGGGAUCUUUUUAAUGAAUCACCCAUCGGCUCUCGACACCAUGACGUACAAAGGUAACCUCACUCUACCCAAGAUUCCAGAGUCCAACAUGGCUCUCGGCGUGCUGGGGGUUUUCCUGGGACUGCUUUUGGAAGUUUCUGCUCAUGGACCAUCCAACGUUCCCAGGACUUCUUGGAGAAAUGAAGAGGUGAGCUUGGUGGACUUCUCCGAGCCGGGUGUGUUUAAUUACUCCACUCUGUUGCUGAAUGAGGAGCGAGGCGCGCUGUAUGUCGGGGCGAGAGAAGCCAUUUUUCACCUCGACAUCAAUGACAUAUCUGUCAAAAAUAACCAGGUGCUGUGGAAGGUCCCAGCUAAUGACAUGAGAUUGUGCACCUUAAAAGGGAAAUCCGAAGAGACGGACUGCCGAAACUACAUCCGGGUUCUUCAGGUGUUGGAUGAAGAACAUCUGUAUGUGUGUGGAACUCAUGCGUUUCAGCCGCUCUGUGAUUACCUGUCUUUAAAGGACUUCACGCUGAUGAAAAAGCAGGAUGAUGGCAGAGGGAAGUGUUCCUUUGACCCUUCUCAGAGUUUUACCACGGUCAUGGUCGAUGGUGAGCUGUACUCGGGGACGGCGUAUAACUUCCUGGGGAGCGAACCGAUCAUCUCCAGAUUCUCGCGUCCUCAGACCCUGCUGCGGACGCAAUACUCCACCUCCUGGCUCAACGAGCCUAGCUUCGUGUAUGCAGACGUGAUCCGAGAGGGAAGCAACAGCCCAGACGGAGACGACGAUAAGAUUUACUACUUCUUCACCGAAGUCUCGGUGGAAUACGAGUUCUUUGGCAAGCUGCUGAUUCCACGUAUAGCUCGUGUGUGCAAGGGGGAUUUGGGAGGUCAGAGAACUCUGCAGAAGAAAUGGACGUCAUUUCUGAAGGCCAAGCUGGUGUGUUCCAUGCCCGAGAUCAAUUUCGUCUUCAACGUGAUUCAUGAUGUGUUCAUAGUUAAAAACCCUGACUGGAGAGAAACAGUCAUCUAUGGCGUCUUCACCUCCCAGUGGGGGAACAUGGGCCUCUCCGCUGUGUGUGCAUACAACAUGACCUCAGUGGACGAGGUGUUUUCUAAAGGGAAGUACAUGCAGAAGGCCACAGUGGAGCAAUCCCACACUAAGUGGGUACCAUACAACGGCAUCGCACCCUUUCCCAGACCCGGAGCGUGCAUUAACAACCAGAACCGCAUGCAGAACAUCACCAGCUCCCUGCUUCUCCCCGAUAAAACGCUGCAGUUCGUAAAGGACCACCCGCUAAUGGCCGACCCCGUGCUGCCCAUCGGCCAUGGGCCACGUCUUACCGCCAAGGCCGUUAACUACACCCAGAUUGUCGUCGAAAGAGUCACCGCCCUGGACAACAAAGUCUACGAUGUCCUCUUCACCACCACUGAUAAAGGGUUUCUGCACAAAUCUGUGGUGUAUGAAGGAGGCUCGCACAUAAUCGAGGAGAUCCAGCUGCUGAAAAACCAACAGCCAAUCAAAACACUGCAGCUCGCUUCAAAAGAGGGUAGUUUCCUGUACGCAGGUUCAGACUCAGGAGUAGUCCAGGCUCCCACCGCAUUCUGUGACAAAUACGUGACCUGCAUAGACUGCAUUCUUGCCCGCGACCCGUAUUGUGCCUGGGGAACACACACUGCUUCUUGUAUCAACAUUUUCCAGAAGCAGGAUAACGGACCAUACCGGAAGUUCAUUCAGAACCUGAGAGGAGAUGCAGAGGAAUGUCCAUUAGCGAGGCCACGCUCGAUGGAGAAGCCCCAGCAGAUGGUGGUAAAGCCGGGCAGUUCGGCGGAGCUGCCUUGUAGCGUGCGCUCAAACCUGGCUCAGGUAUUUUGGAAGGUCAACGGCAGCUUCCUGACUGAGUCUGUUCACUCCCUCCUGAUGGCCGACUCCACGCUGCUUAUCUACAGCGUGACAGCACAGAGGCAGGGUCACUACGAGUGCUGGACCGUCGAACAAGCUGCCGGAAAGAACUUCACGCGAAUGCUACAAUCCUACAAUCUCCGAAUGGAGCCUCCCGAAAUCUCGUCCGACUCCUCGGUCGAGACCGUCGACGUCCCCGAUCCUGAUGCAUCCACAUCAGGCACCACGAACCUCAGCUCCACCACGUCAAGGCGAGCUUGCUCAUCUUCGUCCUCCUCCUCUUCCUCAGUAUGGAGAGGUUUGGAGGGUGGAGGUGCUCGUCUGCUCCCCCCGCUCCUGAGCGAGCAGUCCUGGGGUGUUCAUUCCCACCAGGCCUUCUUCCUCUUCUGCCUGGCUGUGGGUCCCCCUGACGUUAGCUUUGAAUGGCGCUCGAACGGGCGGAGACUGGAGACGCCCAUCACAGAGUUCAGGCAUGCCCUCGGUGCUGAUGCUGUGUUGGUGAGCAGCUGGGUGAGGGAGGAGCCUCUGAUUAAAGACGCCCAAUACCAAUGCAGCGCCAUGUCCCACGUGGGAAAUGACACGUCUAAAAUCGAUCUGCGACUCAGCAGCAGAGAUGAAGCGACCGGCGUGUCUGAAGAGCUGAACCAGUGGAGAUCCGCCCUCGCAGAGCACGAGCAGCAGUUUGAGAACUGGAAGAAAAUUUGGGAAAGCUGCGAUGGACAGGGUGUACUCUGAUGGAGCUGCGUUAUCUCCGGAUGAGUUUCCAUGUGGUCUUGAGUCUGAGUAUGUGAUCUCCACUCAGCCAGGACACAUCCAGCACAUCUCCUCUUUCUCUCUCUCUUACUCUUUUUUUUCUUUCUCUCGCUGGAGAACGUGCCCAGGGAGGAUUAAAAAGAAAAAGAGUCUCCAGUCUGCAUUUUGGGAAUGUGAUGUUUCCAGAAAACCAGACAUUUGAAAUGACAGAGGAAAAUCUCAUGGUUUUAAACCACGAUGCAGAGAUCAGAUUGGGUCGAAACGCUGCCUUAUACUCAUUUGUGUGCAAGUAGAGCACAAGGGCAUCUGAGAGAAUGUGUGUGUUAUCCAUUUUUUUAAGGAUUGAGAGUUACAGUGAUGUUUAAUAUUUAUUUAAUAUUUUUCUUAAUUUCUUUAAGGUUUGGUUAAAGGAGCAAUAUGAUGUUUUUAGAGCCCCCUGCUGUCUGCAAGGGAAAGUGCACAGUCAGCUCCAUGAUGAUAUGCUUUUCAGGGGAUUAAGUAGAAAAGCUUAAGGAGCCUGCUUUAGAGCUAUAAACCCCUUCAAACGCAUACACUAGUGGAACAUCUUCCCAGAAGAGUGGAGCAAAUGAGGACUAGAUGUGGAAUGAUUCAGGAAUUUACACUUUUCUCCAUUUUUUUUUUUUUUUGCUUUUUUUGCACUAUUGCAAAAUUAUACAUUUAGAACAAUCCUGCUUUAAUCUUUUUUUUUUUUUUUUUUUUUGGUACUAAUCAUCUUAUCAAUUUAAAGUCUUUAAUAUACACUCAAAAUCCUCCAUAUAAGCCUAUGAAAGUAGACACCUCUCUGCCCCUACACUGCAGUCAGGAUUAAAAGGUGUGUUUAAAGCUUUUUUUUUUUUAAGACAAAGUGGUAGCUCGAUCGUUGAGUCUCUGGGUUACUGUUUGAAAGGUCUGUGGUCCAAGCCCCAAAACUGCCAACCUGCCCCUAUUGGGCACUAUAACAAACUUGGACUGCACUGCAUUAUUUCUGACCCCAGACUUCUAACAAGCUUAGAUAUGUGAAGAAAAAGUUUCAAUAUGCUGUAAUGUACAGGUGACAAUUUAAAAGCCUUACUUUCUUUUCCACUAAUAGAAUAAUAGGAAUAAAAAUGUUAAGGACAAUAAGUUAAUCUAGGAUUGAUAAAGCUCAGGCUUUAAAACUGCAUAUGUGAGAGGGGUUCAUACAGAAAUGUGUGUUAUGAUCGUCUUUUUAAUAAACUGGACAUUAAAAAAGGUUCAUUUUAUCUGUAUUUUUUUUUUCCCAAAUCAGUGUGUUUUAUGUUUGUCCAAAUCAGAUUUGGCAUUUUCUAUUACAUCUUUUUUAAAUAAAGCUGACUUUGCGUAUUCUAACCCCACACACACACACACACCCCAAACCCAGUCUACACAGAUGGUACAAAUUACACUGUUGGCUUUUAACAUUUUGCUACUUUGCAACAAAACCCAAUUUACAUAUUAUACUGAAUGGGUUUAAUUAUUUACCUUUCAUCCAAACACACACACACACACAAACACACACAGUAUAAUACCACAAAUGACUUGAACAGAAGAUACCAACACAAAAAUGCCCCAUACUUCCAAAGAUAUUUGGGAAUUCUGGGUUCUUGUGACAAAUUAAAUUUGUAGGGAUUUUAGGUAUUUCUGGGAACUCUGGAUCUGCAGGGAAAGUUGUUAAUUCUGUUUUUUCCAAGUUUUUUGGGGGGGGAAUUUGAGAUACCACUCAUGGCCUUCAAAAGUCUAUGAACUGUUGAUCUCCUGGGAAUUUCACACACAAAAAGCUUUAAAAGUACCCAGACUGGUACAAAAAAAACAAACACCACCAAGAAUUCUGCUUAUGAAAACAUGUUCUUGAGGAAAGAUCUGAAAUGCUUUUGCUUUCUCAGAUAACCAGAACACCAUCUCGAUAUGCAUAAACUUCAAAGUGGAUGAUAUACAACAGAAAGAAGACAGCAGAGUUUGACAUUUUUCUGCCAAGAAAAGAAAUCUGAAGCUCCAGUCGACACCAAAGGCUCAGCAAAACCAGGAGGAUUCAACAGAUCAGAAAAAAAUAUGAACUGGAUUUUUUCCAAGACCUUGUUGAUAAUUCUAAAUUGAAGCUGGUUUAAAAAUAAAUAAAUAAAACAAUUAUUCGUUUGAAGUCAGGCUGUAACAGGGACCUCCACCCAUAACCCAGACACAGCACUGUAAAUAUGUCACAACAGCGCCAUCUUCUGUUGUGACACGGAAUAACACUUAACCACAAGAAAUGUUUUCCAACGUAAUACAUUCAAUAUGAAAAAUCUUUAUGUUUAUUAGAUUGUACAAGACAUGCUGGCUUUACAAUGGUCAUUUUUCACUUGAUCAGACAUAAAACGUGGUAAUUUUCCAUUUCUGAAAGUCAACAUUUUGCACAAGAAAAGGCACGUGGACAGCGAAACCUUGUUCAAACCUUUUUGUUUUUUUAUGUACGUGAGCCUCAGUCUUUACGGUUUAAUCCCUACAGCCUUACAGCAUUUAUGUGGGACCUAAUAUUUUCCCCAGAAAUAAUAUUCAUCAAAAAAAAAUAAUUGUGGUUUUUAUCCUAAACAUCCAGGCUCUCCGUGUUACAGUGCUUCGUAAUCAAAUCAACAUCUUCACCAUCACAAGUCAAAUCAGUGAUGAAAAGACUUUCAGUGAUUGCCUUCCUUACAGUAUUAUUCCCAACCUGGUGACUGUGCAUUUCAGACAACUCUGUUAGAAAUACAAGCCAUUAAGUAAAAAGAAAAAAAAAAAAAAAAAA